AUGGGGAUGCUCCUCUCCGUUAUCCAUCCCUUGGGAAUGCUCCUCUCCGUUAUCCAUCCCAUGAGGAUUGGGCGUGUCCCGUCGUAUAUGGGCGGAGCUUAUAGUGGGCGUGUCCCCCCCUAUUUAACACCCUCUCCCCCUGUCGCCCCGCCCCCCCCCAUGGCUCUGCUGCCGCUGCUGCUGCCGCUGCUGGCGCUGCUCAUGGCGCUCGCCGCCCACUGGGGGGCGCUGCAGCUGCUGCACCCGCAGGGGGCGCUGCACCUCGCUCGCCUCGCUCGCCGCAAGGGGCCCGUCCUGCGCAUGCGCGUGGGGGGGCGAGAUGUGCUGGUGCUGAGCUCGGCCGGGACCAUUCGGGAGGCGCUCGCUCGGCACUGGGGGGAUUGGUUGGGGCGGCCCCCGAGCUACCUGGCCCCGUUGGUGUCACGUGGGGGUCGUGACCUCGCGCUCGGGGCCCCCACCCCCGGCUGGCGGCUGCAGCGCGCGGCCACGCGGGGGGCGCUGGCGAGGGCGGGGCCACGGCUGGAGGCGGAGCUUAUGAAGAGGGGGCGUGGCCUGAGGGAGGAGCUCCGUUCCUACGGGGGGGCCCCCCUGGACCCCUUCGAGGUCUUCGCCUUCCACACGUGCAGCACCAUCGGGGGCCUCAUCUUUGGGGACCUGCUCCCCCCCGAGCCCGAGGUCAGAGGCUUCACCCGCUGUGUCCUGGAGCUGCUGGAGCUGUGGGGCAGGGGCUCCCUGCGGGCGCUGGAGCUGGUGCCGGCGCUGAGGGCUCUGCCCCAGCCGGGGCUGCGGAAGCUGCUGGAGCUAGUGGAGCUCCGUGAUGCCUUCGUGGGGGCCCAGAUCCGGAAGCACGAGGUGGGGGGAGUGCCCCCCCAGGAGUGUCCCUCCCCCCCCCGGGACACGGUGCUGGGGUUCCUGCUGGACCCCUCUCGGCCGGGCCCCCCCCUGAGCCCCCCCCGCCUGCACAUGGCCCUCGUUGACCUCUUCAUCGGCGGCACCGAGACCACGGCCGCGGCGCUGGCCUGGGCCAUUGCCUUCCUGCUGCACCGGCCUGAGCUGCAGGAGCAGCUCCGCUCCGAGCUCCGCCGGGAGCUGCCUCCGGGUGCUCAGCUCCGGGCCUCGGACGUUCGGCGGCUUCCGCUGCUGCGGGCGACGGUCACCGAGACCCUGCGGCUGCGGCCGCCGGCACCGCUGGCACUGCCGCACUGCGCCCGGCGGAGCACCAGCCUCGGGGGGCUCCCGGUCCCUGCCGGCUCCAUCCUGGUCCCCAACCUCUUGGCCGCGCACCAGGACCCCGAGCUCUGGGAGCACCCGGAGGAGUUCCUGCCUGAGCGGUUCCUGUCCGCGGGGGCUCCGCUGCGGUCGCUGCUGCCGUUCGGCUGUGGGGCCCGUUCGUGCCUGGGUGAGGCCGUGGCCCGAGCGGAGCUGUUCGUGUUCCUGGGGCAGCUGCUGGGCGACUUCCGGUUGGAGCCGCCGGUUCCGGGGCUGCUGCCGUCACUGCGCGUGCGCGCAGGGACCGUCCUGCGCUGCCCGUCCUUCCGGGUGCGCCUGGUGCCGUGGGAGGGGGCGGAUUGAGACCUGCCUGCGACAUGUGACCUGUGACAUGUGACCUGUGACAUGUGACCUGCACCCUGCCCUGCCUGUACCCAGAUCCCUGCCUGCACCUGUUGAAGAGUUUGGCUGAGCCAAAUAACUCUGCUAUUUUCUAGAAAGAAUUGUAACUCAUUGAUUGCCCAUGGAUUAUAGGGGUAGCAGGUAACGUAAAUUGAGUAUUAAUGAGACAAGCUUGUCUUUCCAUUUGCAAGAGCCAAGUCCAAUUUGUGCUACUAAAAAUGUCUGGAUUUUCUGCUCUUAAGUGCUGGUACUUUACUAUCUAUAAAAGCCUGUAAUCUCUGUAGAGCAAUUACAGUGCACUGAGGUCUCCUGCAGAGGGUUGUCUGAUACCACCCUUGCAAAAU